UCUUACAUCAGAUCAGGAAACGUGUAGAUGCUGCCACCUUGUGGCUGAAAGUCGUAUCACACAACCUUUUGUAUUCUCUAAAACUACAAAAGGUGUCAUUAUCCUGUUAUGUUGCUGCAAGUGUAACAGGAAACCACGAGGUGCUCUGUGUGCCCGGCAUCACUGUCAAAGUGUCACUGAAUUUAAUUUCAAAUCUAAAUUACUUCAACUUAAGUGUAAUUAUUGUGGAUUACAAGCCAUGCCUUCACAUAUUUUAGACUCUAGUGCUUUCAUAUUGAGUGAAAUUCUUUGUGGGUCAUAUCUUUUAAAAUGAAGUCAUGUGCUGCUCCCUCAUUAAUAUUAAUUGUUAACUGUAACGCGGUCGGCCUCCUGCUGUCCGUAAUGACGGCGUGGCCUUAAUAAGCCACCUCCCACUUUACUACACCGUGGAGAACGCCGGGACAGGUUGGACGAGCGCGGACGGAGAAGCUUUGCAGCGGCGGCGAGGCGUGUCAGUUUGCCGUUGCAGUCAUGAAUGAAUCUUUUGAGAGAGCGGUGGAGGAAGUGAAGGUCCUGCACCAGAGACCCGGGUACGGAGUACUGGCAGAUCUGUACGGUCUAUAUAAGCAGGCCACGGUGGGCGAUGUCAACAUAGACCGUCCAGGGAUGUUUGACCUCGCAGGACGAGGGAAAUGGGACGGGUGGCAUGCAAAGAAAGGUCUGUCCAAAGAAGAAGCCAUGAUCGCCUACAUUGACCUGGUGGAGGAUCUGAAGAAAGAAUACGGGUUCACCAAAACCGAGUAGCUGCUGCACUCUUUGAUGCUUUAUUACUGUGUAAGACAUGGAUGAAAUGCGUGAGAGCAGUCUGGAGUACUUUCUGGUACUGUAAGUUGGUUAAAACCAAAAAGCUUGUAAAGGCUUAGCAUUUUAGGAAAUAAACACCCAUUUGCUUUCUUGCUGACAGAAGGAAAAAAGACACUCAAGCUAAGCUGAUUGCCCGCUAGCUCCAUAUGUACAUAAGAGUGAUGGUAAUCUUCUCUUCCAACUCUCAGCAAGAAACAUUCCCUAAAAUGUCUUACUGUUUAAGUGCGAAUACGUUGUCCAUUUACGUAUAAAAACAGCUUAAAUAAAGAGCAUCCGUAUACACGCUA